AUGACGGAACUCACGGCUUGGGACGACGAACUCGUGGUUUUGAGCCUUCGACGGAGUUUGCGGGACAACGAAGGGCGCCUCAACGGCACAAACCCGUGCCCUCCCGUCUCCGCCGUGAAUGAUCACCGUCUAUGGAAUCUCAUAGAUCGGAAUCUCAUCUCCGCAAUCUUUUCUACAAUCUCCGCUGUCGUUCUUCCCUAUGUGAUCACUUUAUCUACCGCCCAUGAGAUAUGGUUGAUUCUUGAAACACGACUCCAACCAACAAAUCGAUCCAGGGUGAUCCAGCUUAAGAACGAACUCCAUCAGGUUCAAAUGAAAGACAAGACUAUGCAACAAUACUUAACUCAAAUCAAGAACCUAGUUGACAACAUCGCUGCCGCUGGUUCCACGCUCGACACCGAAGACAUAAUCCUUUAUACGUUCAACGGACUUCCAGCCAUCUACAAUCCCUUCAAGAUAGCAAUCCGAACUUCUCAGCAUCCAAUCUCUUUGGAUGUUCUCUACUCUCUUCUAGUCAGCGAAGAGAUAAAUAUUCAGCAAGAAAACUACAAAGAUCUCAACCCGCCGUCAAACAAUACGACACUGAUGUCUGUUCGGAACAAAUCUACCCGUGGCCGCUUCAACAGAUCACAACUAAAGAACCAGAACGGGCAGUCCAAUUCCAACAACAAUCCAUCUCAGCUUCGAAAUCCACCUAACACUCCAAGACCGAUAUGCCAAAUAUGCAGCAAGACUGGUCACACUGCGCCCAACUACUGGAAUAGAUGCAAUCUUCAAUAUGUACCCUCAUCCUCGACGAAUUCCAGAGCAUACUACACGUAG